CCAAAAACCGCCUUCCCUUUCAAUUUGAAUUCCCAAAUCCAAAAGCCACAGAACUCAGAAGCCAAGCGAAAAAACUUUUAAUCUCAAUCUUUUUGAGAUUAGAUCAGCGAAAUCGAUCUCGUAGGGUUCGUUGAUUUGACUUUUCAAGAUCAGUUCAAAAGCUAGGGUUUUUAUUUUCGAGAUCAGAAAUGGAUCUACUUCAAGAAAUCGACGAUUACAUAAAAGAAACAAUCAAUGAAUCCUUAGGCCUACCAGUCUCUGCUCGCACUCUCCAAUUAAAGCUUCGCGUUUACGAGGAUGCUUAUUUCCGUCUCCGUGACCAACACCUUCUUCUCCUCAGCAAAUUUCGCCAAAAAGACAUCCUUAUUGACCGUGCCAAGGCGGAGGCGAAUAUGAAUGCAGCGGCGAUAAAGAAAUUUGUGGAGGAAAAUCAAAGAUUGGCAGCGGAGUGUGCGAAUUUGGUAAGUCAGUGUAACAAAUGGGAAAGAGAGUGUUCGCUUUAUGAUAAUGAUAGAGAGGCUUUAAUGGAGUUUGGGAAUGAGGCGGAUGAGCGGGCAAGAGAGGCGGAGGAGAGAGCAAAGGAGGCAGAGAUUAGGGUUCGUGAAUUGGAGGAGGAGUCGGGGAAGGCUUUGGAGGAAUUGCAGUUUUAUAAGCACAAGUGCCAUACUCGUAGGGAUGAUUCAUCAGCUGAGAGCACUGAUAUGGAGGAGAAUUCUCUUGAGUCCAUUUUAGCAACAUUGGUUGGUAAAGAUGAGGUGGAAUCUGGUCAAGCUUAUUUGGAAGCGAACAGUGGCUAUGAGUCAUGUCAAACUUUGCUGAAAAUGUGGAAUAGUUUGAGGCCUUCAACACGAAAAGUAUUAUCACUAGCUGCUAAAGCAAGGACACUUCAGCAAGAUAAGGAACAUCUCAGGAUUAAUCUUACUAGAGCUGAAGAGGAGGUCAAGUUAUUAUUUGAAGAGAACAAUAUACUGGAUGGGGAGAACAAAAGGUUAUUGAGGCGAGAACACAGAGAACAGAACUUUGAUGGUUCUGGCGGAAAGCAUAGUAGCAGUGCUUCUGCUAAGAGGAGCAAGCGAAAAUCAAGUUCGAGGAGUUUCCCUGUUGAGAACAAGAUUGAUUCUGAGGAUAUAGAUUCAUUGAGACAACCACUGUCACCAUUGCGUCACAACUCCCCUGGUUGUAGACUGUAUAAGCAGUAGUGACUAAUGGUGUUUUUCUGAUUUCUUCUUACUGCCUCUGGGUAGCGGAGGAAAGAUAGCUUCAAUUGCAUCUGCAUAUAUGUUGUAAGAGAAUUAUAACCAAUUCAUAAUGAACCGAGGAUUCUCUCCUGUUCUUUCUUA